CACUGACACAAGAAUGCUAUAAAAUACCACUUGUAGUCUUACUCUACUCCCAAUACAUUCGUCUUAAUAAUCACCACCACCACAACCUCAUCUCUCUCCGCUCGAUGGAGCCAGCGAGAGACUCCAUGGAAGAAGGAUUGCUUCUGAAACAAAAAGAUGAGAGAUUAACAUGGAGUGUGUUGGUGACGGAGAUGAAGAAGUUAGGAUAUGUUGCAGGCCCGAUGGUGGCGGUAACUCUAUCGCAGUAUUUGUUGCAGGUUAUCUCGGUCAUGAUGGUCGGUCAUCUCGGCGAACUUGCUCUUUCUAGCACCUCUAUUGCUAUCUCCCUUUCUGGUGUCACGGGAUUCAGCCUAAUGAUGGGGAUGUCUAGUGCUUUGGAAACUUUAUGUGGACAGGCUUAUGGAGCUCAACAAUACACAAAAGUUGGAAUUCAAACUUACACCGCUAUUUUCUCACUUUUGAUUGUAUGCAUUCCUCUUGCAAUCUUUUGGAGAUAUACCGGACCAUUACUCAUUCUUAUCGGUCAAAGCCCUUCGAUUUCAAAUGAGGCCGGAAAAUUCAUCACAUGGCUCAUUCCUGCACUUUUUGCUUAUGCAAUUCUUCAACCACUUGUUAGAUAUUUCCAAAUGCAAAGCAUGCUAUUACCCAUGCUUGCCAGCUCAAUAGGUGCUUUAUGCCUACACAUCCCUCUUUGUUGGGCCCUUGUGUUUAAAACUAAUUUGGGGAACAUUGGAGGAGCAAUAUCAAUGGGGGUUGCCAUGUGGGCAAAUGUUGUUUUCCUCUUGUUUUACAUGAACUACGCCCCCUCGUGUGCAAAAACGCGUGCUCCAAUCUCACUUGAAGUGUUUCGUGGGAUGAAACAGUUUUUCAGCUUCGCUAUCCCGUCAGCUGUCAUGAUUUGCCUCGAAUGGUGGUCAUACGAGCUUCUAGUUUUGCUAUCCGGGCUUCUGCCAAAUCCAGAGCUUGAAACUUCAGUCCUCGCUGUGUGUCUUAACACAAUUGCAACACUAUAUGCUAUACCUUUUGGAUUUGGUGCUGGUGCUAGCACUAGAGUCUCAAAUGAACUAGGAGCCGGGAAUCCAAAGGGGGCUCAUGUGGCUGUCCAAGCCAUUUUGAUCAUAUCAGUCGUCGAGACAGCUAUAGUCAGCACAACUGUUUUUGCCAGUAGGCGUGUUUUUGGAUACAUUUUCACAAAUGAGAAGGAAGUUGUUGAUUAUGUCACGAAAAUGGUUCCUCUUCUCUGUUUAAACAUUAUAGCAGAUAGUAUCCAGGGAGCCCUUUCAGGCGUUGCAAGGGGUGUGGGAUGGCAACAUUUAGCGGCGUACGUGAAUCUCGCUGCAUAUUAUCUUGCUGGAAUCCCGGUUGCUGCAUUAUUAGGAUUCCGAACCUCACUGAGAGGAGAGGGCUUGUGGAUAGGAAUACUACUAGGUGCCAUCAUUCAAGUUAUCCUACUUUCAAUUGUUACAGUUUGUACCAAUUAUGAAAAACAGGCAAUGAAGGCGAGGGAGAGACUAUUUGAAGAAGAAUGUACAACAGAAGAUAGAUCGAUUUGAACUCAAAACUCUAUAAUUUUCUGCUGGUGCACUCUAACAAUAGAUGAAAUUAUUAUUUAAAAAUUUUGAUAACAGAAGAUGUUAUAUCUAUAUAUAAAAUGAUGUCUACCUGAAAAUCAUAACAUUAAUUAAAAUUAUGUGUAAAAGAAUUGUCAUUGUUACAAUCCAGUAACAUAAAUACUUACGCGUUAUGCAAAA